AUGAGUUUACAAUACAUGCGUGAUGUUUUCACGAACAAAGUGUCACCCCCGAAAGACACUCGACCGUCGUUCAAGGGCCGCAAUGUCAUAGUUACUGGUGCUAACGUUGGGCUCGGGUACGAGACGGCCCUCAAGUUUGUCCAGCUAGGGGCGGACAAAGUCGUCCUGGCGUGCCGCUCCCUGUCCAAAGGCGAGGAGGCCAAACGCCGCAUCGACGCCCAGACGAAGAAGCCACAGUCGACUGUCGUCUGGCAGCUCGACAUGGGCAACUACGACUCCAUCAAAGAUUUCGCAGCUCGAGCGAACAGCGAGCUUGAUCACCUGGACAUUGCCUGCCUCAAUGCCGGGGUCAUGAGCAUUCCGUUCAAGCAGUCGGACUACGGAUAUGAGCAGACCUUGCAGGUCAACGUCCUGUCGACAACAUACCUGGCGUUGCUGCUCAUCCCACAACUCCGAGCCAGCAAGACCGAGAAGUACAACCCCGUCCUCGAGAUCGUCGGCUCGUCCAACGCCUACAUCGUCAGCAAGCUAGUUUCCGAGACCGCGCCAUUCGCGGCGUACAACAAGCCCGAGAACUACAGCCCCGCUCCCAUGUACAACACCAGCAAACUCUUCGUCGGCUACGUUGAGCAAGAAUUGACAGCGCUGGUGGCCAACAAAGAGACUGGAAGACCUGACGUGUUCCUCUCGGUCGUGUGUCCGGGAGCAUGCAAGUCCGAACUAGGUCGCAAUGCCGAUGCAUGGUACUUCAAGGCUAUGCUAUAUGUCCUCGAAAAAUUGGUGCAGCGCACCGCGGAGGAGGGAGCGAGGACGUAUAUCAGUGGUGUUGAUCAGGCCGAGAAGAUCCAUGGAGGGUUUUGGAAGAACGAUGAAAUCAGGCCACCAGCGCCUCUCAUGCAAGGUGAGAAGGGCAAGAAGCUGCAGCAAAUUGUAUGGAAGGAGGUGACAGAUGCUCUGGCGAGAGACGUGCCGGAGGUGAGGCAAUUGGCUGCAUUGUGA